AUGGUUUUGGAAGCUGGUUCAAAUCCUAUAGAAACUAUCAAAAUCCUUGGGGAAUUCGAUACAAUGUUGAAAACAGUUUUAUAUCCUUCGAUUCAGUCUCAGGCUGGAUACCCUGUUGGUGAUGGAAGUGUUUUAGAAGAACCGAAUAAUAGGUGGGGUAAUUACGUAAAUUGGAAAUUAUAUCCUUUAUUCGGUCUGUUGGGACAUAGAAACGUUUCCAUAGGGUUACCAAAUAAAAUUCAUCUACAAAGAGAAAUCAAGGAUGAUAAGAUAUUCUUUGGAGAGAAUGCUUCAGAUGCAAAAUUAGAAAUAACGAAUCAACAACUUUUCAUACCCGUAAUAACACCAUCAAUUGAAGUAGAAACGAGAAUAUUCAACUCAUUAACUAAAGAUAUUGAAAUAGCUUUUCUUCAUCGUAACACGGUUGGGAGUAUGACUUUAACUGGAGAACCCACCACAUGGCCGAUCACUAACACUAUUAAAACAGCAAGAUAUUUAAUGGUUGGUUUCAAGAACUUACCAGACUUACAGACGAAUAACAAUAAUAUCUUUAGAGUAGCAAUGAACCAAACUCAAGAUCCUAUAAUCCAUAAAGUUCAAGUAAGAUUAAACAACGCUAAUUAUCCUAACCGACCUUCAACAAUUAAUCCAACCACAAAGGAUUAUAAUGAAUUGUAUAGAAACUAUAAAAACAUGUGUGAAUUAUUUGGAAAUCCACCUCAGUUUGAAUAUGUAGAUUUUGCACUUAAUCAUCCAAUCUUCUGUUUUGAUCUAUCAGCUCACCAAGAAGAUCUUUUCAAAACAGGAGUCAACAUAAAUAUUCAUAUUGAAAAAACACAAGGAGAUGUAACAGGUUAUUGUUUACUACUCGAAGAAGCAAAACAUUUAAUUAAAAUAGCAGAUAGAAGAAUGAUAAGAAUUGACAUAACUAAAAAACGUAUUGAUAAAUACAAAUAUUGUAAAGUCAGAGACGAUAUAGACUUAGAAAAAAUUGACGCGAACGCAAAGGAAGGUGGAUUUUUACCUAUCCUACUUCCUUUGAUAUUUGGUGGUCUUAUCGCGGCGGAUGCAAUAGCUGGUGGUACAGCUGCUGGAGUAAAAGCUGCCAACACAAAGAAAGUAGCUGAUGCUGCAGCUGCCGAAGAACAUAGACACAAUUUAAAAAUGGAAAAGGAAGCACAUGAAGCAGCUUCUGCCGAAAAAAGGUUCAGGAGUGGGAGAUAUGAUAGGCACAAUACAAGAAUUUGA